GAUCGACGACUUGCCGGCGCCCGUCCGGCCAACUAUUCCCACCUUUUCUCCCGACUCUACCCUAAAGUUCAAGUUCUUGAGAACCGGUUCGAGUCCCGGUCUAUAGGAAGCGCUGUAAUCGAUGAACUCUAUGGAAGCACUUGUGGGCCAAAUGAUUCCCAACUAUAUUCCGGUUCGAGUUGUGAAUACUCUUUAACCCUUUCAACGCAAACCAUUUCUGUUUCCAGAUUUGAGACCCGUAUGGAGACGGCACCGGAAAUACUUUCAUUGAAG